AGCCAUAGGAACCUUUGGCUAAUUGGCUCUACUUGAUAGCCUUUCUUGGUGCCUCCCUGCUACUCCACUGGUGUCAUGAAAAACUGAUCUUGAGCUGCCUGAUAUUUAAAAUCAUGUAUUCAUUGAAAGGUAAUAGUGACCCAGAUGAAGGCACAAGUAAGAGUUAUAGAAAAGAACAAAGCCUUGCUCUCAAUGAUAAAAUUGAGAAUUGGACAAAAGAGCAUGUAAAACAAUGGGUGAUCAAUGAACUGAAGCUUGAGGAGAAACAUGGUAAUGUCCUUCUUGAUCAGGAUGUGACAGGCUCCAUUCUGAAGAUCUUGACAAAGGAAGACCUUCUAGCAAUGGGAAUGCCCCAUGGCCCAGCAAUCAAGAUAAUGCAUGCCAUGAAAGGGAAUGAUGAUCCACCUAAAAGAUCUACCAUAAUAUCCAGGGAAGGACACAGUACAGAGAUUUUUGAUGCUAAAUUAUCAAAUAAAAGCAAAGAUGGAAGGCACAUAGAAGCGAACAAUGAAAUGAAGUAUGAUGACACCUGUAAACAAACAGGGUUUGCAAAAUCGGAAUGCACUGAAUCACCAGAAUCUGUACUUCAAGAAAAAACAAAGAACAUACUUCACCAAGACCAAAGUAAUCACUUUCCCACUAGGCAAACAUGCCUACCACAUCCCUUUGAUGAAUUUCACAACAGUCAUCGUUACAUAGAACAUUAUGUUCUCCAUACACCUGAAACUGGGCCACUAAAUCUCAUUGAUCCAGUCCAUGAAUUUAAGCUCUUUACAAACACAGAUAAUGCCACAGAGGAAAAUCUAAAAAUGAAAUUUUGCAAUGAAGUUUUUAGAUUUGCAGCAGCCUGCAUGAACUCCCGUACUAAUGGUACUAUUCACUUAGGCAUACGGGAUAAUCCCCAUGGAGAAAUUAUUGGAGUGAAAGUCCAAAAUAAAGAGAAAUAUAUUAACUAUUUCGACUUGAUGAUAAAACAGUACUUUGUAAACACUAUUGAUGUUGCCAAAGAUUGCAUUAGGAAACCUAGGUUUGUGGAAGUGUUGCAUCAAAAUGGUGUUGCAUCGGAAACUUUUGUGAUCGAGGUUGAUGUCAUUCCAAAAUCCUCUAGUUGUCAAUCUAAGUAUUUUCCUACAAAUACAUACAAUUUUAAAAGCAAAACAUGGGAGCCAGGUUUGUUCAUAAGAGAUGGCGCUGCUUCUAAAAAUAUCCAAAAAAAUAAAAAGGAGUAUAAGUUGUUUAAGUCUAAAUUGCAGGAAAAAGAUGUAAAUAGAAAAGAAGCUGAAGAAGAACAUGCAGAAAAAAUACGGAAGAGAGAGGAUGAAGGCCACAAACUGGUCCGUCUACUCACGGGCAACAAAGACUUGCUAGAUAACUCCUAUUAUGAUUGGUAUAUUUUAGUUACCAACAAAUGUCAUCCACACGAUGCACAGCAUGUUAACUUCUUACAGGAAAUGAAUGUGUUUGCUGCCCUUGACUUUGAUCCAGAGUCAGUGAGCAGUGGUGUGGUCAAGACAUUCAGAGAAAACAGAGCUGCAAACCUUCAUUUUCCAAAACAAUACCAGAAACCCCUAAAUUCAGCAUCUGACACAAUUCAGGAACUGAAUCUCUAUCAGCAACCAAGCUGGAUUUUCUGCAAUGGCAGAUCAGACCUGAACAGUGAAGCAUAUCAGCCCUUCAACCCAAGUGGCUGGCAGCAACAGAGAGCUGCUGAAGUCAGGAAACUGAUCUCAUUUCUUUCCCACCCUGAUGUAAUGCAAAGAGGGAGGUUUUUGGUGCUGUUUAUAUUACUGUCAAAAGUGGAAGAUCCAGGUGAUCCCAUGAUUGAAACAUUGUGUACAUUUUAUCAAGAACUCAAAGGACUUGAUGACAUGCUUUGUAUUUGUAUCGGAACACAAACAUACCACCGCUGGAAGGAUCUCCUGAAAGCCAGAUUUAUUGAUGCAGAUAAACUAGCAGACAGGUGCAUAUCUGGCUUGACCUUACCAAUGGUGAAUGGUACUAUCCAAAAGUUAAAGUCAAUGACCCAAACUUCUCACAGACUGUUGCCAUCAAAGGGGGGUUCUUCUACCAUUCUGUUAAAGAAAGAUGAAGACUUCAUGGCUGCACUGGAAAUACUCUGUCAAAAUGAAUGCCAAGACACAGAGAUUGAAAAAGAUGAAAAACAGUUUUCUAAAUUUAAAAAAAAAAAAGAAGAGCAUUUUUAUCGUGGUGGGAAAGUGACUUGGUGGAAUUUUUAUUUCUCUUCUGAACACUACAGUUCUUCUUUCAUUAAGCGGGAUGCAUUUGAGAAGCUUGAAGAUCUGAUUGUAUCAGGGUCUCCAUACUCUAAACAAUCGCCUACAAAAAUUAUCAACCUCUACCAUCAUCCAGGCUGUGGCGGUACCACUUUAGCCAUGCAUAUUCUCUGGGAACUGAGAAAUAAAUUCAGGUGUGCUGUUUUAAAUAACAAAACAAUUGAUUUUUUAGAAAUUGGAAGACAACUGUCCACCUUAAUUACAUCUGGGACAUUAAGCAAGUUUGAUUACUUGCCAGUACUGCUGCUUGUGGAUGACUUUGAGGAACAAGAAAAUGUUUAUCAUCUACAACAUGCUAUCCAAUCCGCCAUAGCAGAACAUGGAAUUAGAUAUGAAAAUCCUCUGGUCUUCAUCUUAAAUUGUAUGAGAUCACAGAACCCUGUAGAGAGUGCAAAGAACAACAGUCUGAAUAGUAUUGCUUUGAAGCAAAAAUUAUCUCUGAAAGAACAAAGAGCUUUUGAGGAAAAACUGAAAGAAAUUGAAUGUCAGUAUGACCAUCCUGAAGACUUUUAUUCAUUUAUGAUUAUGAAAGAAAACUUUCAUCAAGAAUACAUAGAGAAUGUAGUCAAAAACACAUUGAAAAGUCUAGAUGUUACAAGUAAGCAAGUUCAACUUAUAUCUUUUCUGGCACUUCUUAAUUCAUAUGUUACAGAGUCCACAAUCUCAGUAUCGCAAUGUGAGGAUUUUUUGGGAAUAAGUACCAAAAAGACUUACUGGGGUCCAGAAAAGUUGGAUGACAAGAUGGGAAAUUGCUCUAACAUUAUUAUACAAACAGAAGUGCAAGAAUGUGGACAGUACAAAGCGGUGCGCAUCAGUCACUCGCUGAUUGCUGUACAAUGUCUGGAAGAAUUUAAGCAAACAUACAAAUUGACUAAAAGUGAAAUUACACUUUUAUUGCUAAGAGAGGAUUCAUUUUAUGAGGUUGGCAUAGGAAAAGACAAACUUCAGCAAGAUGUCCAAAGCAUGCUGCUUACAAGGCACCGAAGGGAACAUGGUGAUGACACAGACACAUUAUUUUCCCCAUUAAUUGAAGCCAUUCAAAAAGAAGAAGAAAACACCGAAGUUGAAUGUGUGUUGAUGGAGGGGACUAAUAGAUUCAGCAAAAAUGUAUUUAUUAGCCAAGCCUUAGCAAGGCAUUUCUACAUCAAGGAGAAGAAUUUUGACAGUGCAUUAGAAUGGGCUAGAAGAGCUAAAAGGGGAGCACCUAAUAACUCAUAUAUAUCAGAUACUUUGGGUCAAGUUUUUAAAAGUAAGAUAAAACACUGGCUUGAAGAAAAUACAGAGAAACCCACAAUAACUGUGGAAAUUCUGGAUGAUUUGUUGAACCUUGCAAAGUGUGCUUCAGAUGCAUUUAAAGAAUCUCAACGACAAACAGAAAAUAAAGACAGUGAAGGAGAAUCUUAUCAAAAUAUGAAACACAAGAGAAGAUAUGAAAUGUAUAAUACAUCUGGUUACUCAGGAGAAAUAGAAACUGGUCUAUAUGCUAUAAAAAUUAUUGAAUUUACACCUUUGUUCAACAAAAAAGAUGAUCUUUCUAGAAAACAUAUCACACAGUUCCUCUCGGGAAACUGUGAUAUCCCAAAAGUUACAAGUGGUACAGAUUGUGAAAAUUACAGUCUGAUUCUUAAGAAGUAUGCAAAUUACUUAAGUAAGUUACAACUCGACCUUAAAAAUGCAUUUGACUUUUUUGACAACUACUUUAUCUUUCUGAAACCAAAAAAUCCUGAAAAAGAAACUGUUGAGUUCAAAAUACGGAAUAAGAUUCAAGAACUUUUCAAGAAAUAUGCAGAAAUAUUUUGCUACUCUGAUUUUGAUUGGCUAAAGAAGUCAAAACUGAGUUCAUCUUUGCUGAUGGAAAAUUACAGAAAGAGUUUAGAAGUUUCAAAGGCAGACAAGUUUUCUGGAAUUCUGGAAUAUCUUGGCAGCCAUGAAAAUACUGUAAGCAAACUGGAGGACAUUGUGAAAAAGUAUGCCGAUCUGAUUGCUCAGAGCUCUACCAAAUAUAUUCAGAGGGACAAACUGAAUUUUAUUUUGGCCAAUAUUGUCCUCCAUUGUCUCAGUCCAAAAUCCAAGAUGGUACGGUCUUCCCUAGAUCUCAGAGAACAACUGAAAGUGAUUCUACAGUCCGUUGGUCCCGAGCAUCGAUACUCAGAACCAUACUUCUUAGCUUCCUUACUGUUUUGGCCUGAAAAGCAAAAUAAUCUAGAUAAAGAUAAUAAACAAAUGGAAAAGUAUCUCGCUGUACUGAAGAAAGCUUUUAACAGUAAGUACUGGAAAAUGAGCCGUUCCAAGCAACCAAUAGCGUUUUUCUACCUCGGAAAAGGAAGCUACCUGAACAAAUUCAUUCACAAAGGAAAACUUGAUCAGUGUGUUACUACCAAGAUUAGGCAUGAAAAGAAAUCCAAAAUAAGUGAUAUACUUAAUGCCCAGUGGCAGAGUGGAGAGAUAUGGAAAACAGAUGAAGUUAAACGUCUUUUGCUACGAUUGACUGGCAAAGUUGAAGGUGAUCAAAUUAAUGUGGAUUAUGGCACUGAUGAAAACAUCGAAAUUCCAGCACGGCCGGUUUACCUAGGUAAAUUAAAAAGUGGUCGCAGCAUUGAACGAGUGUCUUUCUACUUGGGCUUUUCCAUUGAAGGCCUGAUAGCAUAUGACAUUGAAAUUAUUUAACUGGUUUGGUUUUUUUAAAAAUGUACUUCUGCAGUACCAAUAUAUGCUGCAGUAUACAUUGGUAGCAUAUAUUUGGUAGCUCUCACAAUUUGAAGCUAGCUUCAAACUGGAUUAUAUGGUCAGUGUAGAUGUGGCCCCAGUCUCCUAGAAUCCUACAGUUUCAAACUUUGAAAAAGAAAAAUCUUGCAGGCUAUUAAUUUUAUUAGAUUGAUAGACAUUGACAAAUAUGAGCUUUUUACAAUCCAUAUAGCUCACGCAAACCAUUUCCACAAGAACAUUUAUGGUUUUAACCAAUAAAUAAGAGGGCCAGAAUAAUGGUCAAUAGUGGCCACUCAAAGUGACUACUCAACUCUUCUUUGUAUUCAAUGGAACCAUUGUGGUUUGGGUCUGUUCAUAGUUUCUCUUUGAAAUGUGUGUUUCUCUUACAUUGUUAGAUGCAUUUCUUGACUAACAUAUUCCUAGGCCAUGUUUUCAUACUUAAAGCCCACAGAAGACUAAAUCAUUGUUCUUAAAGUAGAUGCACAAACGUGUUGAAUACAAACAGCUGUAAAAUCUACAACAUUAAUUUCUGCCGAAUUACAAAAUGUGUCUAGAAAUGAAAUUUUGUUGCUCUUAUAGAAUACUCUUCUUACAGAAUUUGAUUGGCUUCAAACUGAAAGCUUUUAAGCGCUGAUGAAAUCUGUUCUCUUUGAGGCAUAUCUCAGAAAAAGCUGGUGGUUGUUCUAUCAGUAGGCUUGUUGUGCUAUGAUGAUGGUACUAAAUGCUUUAUGUUCUAUUUGUUUAUAUUACUUUGCUUCCUUUGAAUUUAAUGACUGAUUUUAAUGUUGUCAAUAAUUUAGAUUUUAGAGCAAGGCCAAUAAAUUGUAUAAGCAGUAUAAGCCUUUAAAAUAUAUUAAUUUUUGUAUGUUUUUGUUUUCUUAAUGUACUCUAUGAUUUUAGUUGUUUUGCACUGUGUAAUAUAUCCAUAUUUCUUUGAUUCUAAGAUGCCAUUGUUUGUAAGAUGCACACUAAUAUCAGUACCACCAACAGGGGGAAUGCCAUACAUUUAAGCACUCACAAUUCUAAGAUGCAUACUGUUUUUAGAGAUAUUGAUAUGGGGGAAAGUGUGUCUCAGAAUUAAAGAAAUGCAAUAUGGAUGUGAGGGCGAUCUGGCUGCGACAUUUGUCACCCCACUGAUCGCCCGGGUUGAAAUACAAUAUGUUUUAACUUGCUGUUUUGUAACCUGCCUUGGGUUCCUUUUUGGGAGAAAGGUGGCAUAUAAAUAAAAUAACUUGCUAAAUAAAUAAACUUGGCUCCUGCCAACAUUAAGUUUUAUUCACUUUUAUUGUUCAGCUAUAACCUACCAUUAACUGUCAUUGUGACUGGAAGCUCUCAGUGUCCAAAGUAAACUUUGUCCAAACUUUGAUUUUGAUAUCUUAGUUUUUGACUAA